AUGUCGGCCUUGCAGACCUUCAUGCUGGUCGUCGACCACGACAAAGAUGAAGCUAAGCGCAUUGCCGACUCUGUGGCCCAAGAUGUGGAAAGCAAGAAAAGCACCUUGAUUGAAAUCGUUCAGCAACUGGGUGAAUACAUUAACGACGAAGACCCAAUUCUACGCGGCAAGGCGAUUUCCUUCCUCACUGCGGUUAUCAAGGCACUUUCGCCUCGUUUCCUUACACGGCAACAAAUUCAAGUUUUGACGACCUUCUUUUCCGAUCGAAUCGAGGAUGGGGGCGCGGUCGCGGGGCUGAUGAACCUGCAAGCAUUGGACCGGUUUACCAAGGAUUUGGCGGUGGAGAUUGCACAGGCCUUGUUCGCCAAUUUUCAAGACCUUCAAUCUCGCUCUCAAUCUCAACGAUUCCAGGUUUACCAGUUAUUGAACGAGCUGAUGUCCAAUCAUCGAGCAGCUUUACGUGACAUGGGCGAUGAUUCCCUUAUGGGCACUGUUGAUCUUAUGACUGGAGAAAAGGACCCGCGGAAUUUGAUGGUAGUCUUUUCCAUUCUGAAGGUUGUCAUGAUUGAAUGGGAGGUCACAGAACAUGCCGAGCUUCUUUUCGACUCUGUAUACAACUAUUUCCCUAUCACGUUCCGCCCUCCUCCAAACGAUCCAUAUGGCAUUACCGCACAAGACUUGAAGGGACGUCUACAAGAUUGCAUUUCGGCGUCGAGACAUUUUGCUCCCCAUGCCAUCCCUUCGCUGUUGGAUAAGCUUGAUUCAACAUCCCCGAACGUCAAGAAAGACGCACUUAAUUGCUUGAUUGCUUGCAUACACUCAUACGACCCUGACACCGUUUCCAAAUACUCCAUUACCAUCUGGGAGGUGUUAAAGUUUGAGAUUCUCAAUGCGCAAGAAGAGUUCUUAUCCGAGUCGUCUUUGGAAGCUCUAUCAGCCAUUGCCCAGAGACUCUCGGAAGGUGUGACUCAGAUUUCGCAAGAUAUACCACUCGCGCAGUACCUUCGUCCUAUUACAAAGGAGUGUAACGAGCAGCUACAAGAGCCUCAACACAAACAAGCCAAGCCUGCCCAGCAAAUUCUCAAAUCGCUGUCUUCCGCUUCUGCUGCGACAUUUAGCCUCAUUGUUCAAACUGUUGUCGCGCCUAUAUUCACUAUCUAUCAAGAGGCGGACGGAAUCGCUAAGCAACGAGCUCUCCUUGAGACGCUCGCUGUCUUGUUCCAAUCUGCUGUCCAUGUAUUUGGUCAAUGGACUACUCGUGGGAGUGAAGUUUCACAAGAGAAUCCGUUACUCGAAUUCAAGGACCAGUUCUCGGACAUUUUAGGACAAGCGCUCAUGGGGUCUGCAAAGGAAGAGAUCUCUUUCCGUAUUACCGCGUUGAGGGGAUUUCUCGGACUUUCAACCCUCCGUGACUUCUUUCAAGACAACGAGGUUGGACUGUUUGUGCAGUACCUUGAUGAAAUCCUUCUUAAAGAAGAGUCUGUUGGCCGGAAUGAUUUGAAGAAAGAAGCAAUUGCAGCUUUAGCUGAAAUUUCCAAGCACAAGCCUCGACUGAUCAUGGACAUUACCUUCCCUGCAUUUGUGGCGACACUACCGGAUGAAGAUGAUGGUACCAACUCUUCCUACUUGUCGACUUUGGAUACUUUAGCUCAGAUCAGCGUUGAGAGAGACAUUUUCGAGACCCUGUUCCGUCGUCUUUUCAGUAAGCUAUCUGUUUUGCUCCAAAAAGAGCAAGCUGGAUCUGCAGCCUAUCCCCGGGCGAUUCUUAUGACUCUUCUUUAUGUCAUGCAGCAGAGACAGAUGGAUGCUGAUCCCAACAUCGACUUAUACUUUGAUAAGGUUGUCGUGGGUCUUUGCAGAAGUGUUGCCGAGUCAGCUUCAGGGCAGGGCAAGAACCAGCUAUUUAACGAUCCCACUAUCCUUGACACUCUUGGUCGUCUUUGCAACCUUCUGGUACGAGCAGCGUCGGCUCAAAAACAGGAGCAAGUUGCCCAGAAUGUCUAUAGUCUCUUCUCAACUGGAGGAUUUGACCCAGUUCCCUUCUCCCAAGGUACUACUGUGGACCAAGAACGCACAUUUGUCAUCUCGACGUACCUGCUUGCUGGUAUCUCAAAAGACUGCAGUAACCUCAUUCCUCACGCAGUAUCAGACAUGUCAGGUUUGCUAUCGGAUCUUGUCAAGCGCUCUGUUUCAGAUAGCGCGGAACCAGCAACUCAUCUCGCAUUACUGCGCCACCUAGCAUUGCUUGUCAACAAAUUCCUCUCUAAACAAGAUUUGAUCAUUGCGGAGACUCUUUUUGAUUCGCUUGUUACUCCAGAGGGCCAAUCUUUCAGUCCUGCUAUGAUCCGAACUAUCCUCUGGCUUUCGAAGGCCUUAGUCCUUCGUCUCGCUCCGUCAACGACGCAUAUCCUAACCGCCUUACUGGGUCUUCUGUCAUCCGCAGAUCGACAAACCAGUGAAUCUACUGCUCGCGGAUUCGCCAUUCUACUUGGAGACGACGAUGUUCUAUCCGCAACAAAUGGAGCCACAGUCCGUCUGCUCUCCAAGCAACGCGUUUUCAGCACCGUGAUCCCUCUCAUUUCUUCACGAAUCCGCGAAGUCAACAUAGGUUGCAACAAUGACUCACCUCAAUCAUACGACCACAUUAAACCAGCUCACCUAACCGCUCUCGCUGGUAUCCUCUCCACAAUAUCCACAGCACUCGUCAUGCCCGAACUUCCCACUCUUCUUCCUCUUCUCCUUCAAUCCUUGGAUCUCCAAACAUCCGACUCUGUUGCCGUUCGAGCCGCAACCCUUGACACCCUCGGCGUAAUCAUUCGUGAUAGCGGCGUAGUUGUCAUUGAUAAAUGUGGCCACGUUCAUAGCCUCGUCCAGAGACUACUCAAAACAACAGAAUCUAAGCCCGCUUCCUCGGGAAUAGUUAACACUCCUCGCCUCCGCGUCGACUCUCUCAGAUGCUUGUAUCUCCUCGCUACAAAGCAAGCUCCUACCGAGUCGGCCUCUAAUGCUCGCAUUCCGCCGGCUAUCUCACCGCUCCUUCCUGAAAAGGCGCAAGUUUUGCGCUCGUUGCGCGGUGUGCUGGAUGAUCCUAAGCGUGAUGUUCGCAAGGCUGCUGUUGAUGCGAGAAGUGCCUGGCUCCGGGGUGUGGAUGAUGCGCCGGAAGAUGAAGAUUAA